UCAGCUUUAAUGGAUAAAAAUAAUACUUAAAGGGUAUAUCUAAAUAAAAUAUUAUAUUAGUAAGGAUUAUUAAAUGAAAUAAAUUUAUUAAGAUCUUGUGAUCACCCAAAUAUCAUAAAACUUUAUGAAAUUUAUGAAAGUGGAGAUUAUAUUUAUUUAGUUAUGGAAUUCUCAGAAGGUGGAGAAUUAUUUGAUUUAAUACUUGAGACUGCUCUUUUUACAGAAUCUAAAAUUGCGUUAAUCAUGUUCAAAAUAUUUGAUGCUUUAGAAUAUCUCCAUACAAAAGUAAUAUUAUUUAAUUCUUAAUAAAGAAUAUUAUGCAUAGAGAUAUUAAACCAGAAAAUAUAUUAUUAAAAGACAAAUCAGAAAAUUUUGAUUUAAAAAUAGCUGAUUUUGGUUUAGCAUCCUAUACUGAAAGUGAAACAGUAAUUAAAAGAUGUGGAACUCCUGGGUAUGUAGCUCCAGAAAUUCUAGAUGAUUAAAAAUAUAAUGAAAAAGUUGAUGUCUUUAGUGCAGGAAUUAUUCUCUAUAUAUUGUAAAAUGUUCAAUAAUAAUAGAUUAACUGGAUAAGCUCCAUUUUAUGGAAAUAGUUUAGAUGAUGUGAUUGAAAAAAAUAGAGCUUGCUAAAUCAAUUUUAAAGACUUAAAAAUAUCUCAAGAUGCUUUAGAUUUAUUACACAAAACCUUAGAAAUAAAUCCUAAAUAUAGAAUAUCAUCUUUAGAAGCAUUGUCACAUCCAUUUAUAUCUAGAUUAUAUAAAAGACAAAUUAAUAAUAUGGAUGAUAUUCCAUUAGAUGAAUUACCAAAUGAUAAUUAUAGUGCAUUUGAAAAUAUGAAGAAAUUCUGUCAAAAUGAUAUUAGAUUUAAAGUGUCCAAAUUAAAAAAAAAUGAAUUGGUUCAAUAAACCCCUUUUAUGGGUGCUAGAGAAUAUGAUCCAGUAAAAGCAACUUAAGAUAGUUGGCUCAAUGAAAAAUCAGUUGAUUCAAAAUAAAUGUUUCGCUCUCCUUAUUAACAAUAAUAAUCAUCUGACUCUGAUAUUUCAAUCUUAAGUACUCCUGAAUCAAAAAAAGAAACCUAAAAGUAUUUAUAAAUUAAUGCUUUGUAAUAAAUUGCUUAUAAGUAUUCACCAAAUCAAUCUAUAUAUUCCCCUAACAAUUAAUAAAAAGAGCAAAUAUAAAUGAAUUUCAAGAAAGCUAGUCAAGUAAGAGAUCAAUUAAAAAAAUUAGGAUCUUGA